CUCACAUUACCCAGGUUACCUAGUGGAGUGUUCUUGCUAGUGCUGCUAGGGCAAUUAACUGUUUACUGUGCUCUUAUUUCUAUGGUCUUAUUUCUGUUGUAGUAUAUUUUAGUGUUGUGGUGUUACUGUAGACAAUUGAAUUUCAAGCCCAGUUCUAUCAAACAGGCAUCAUGUCAUGACCACAGAAAAGGGUAGCUCGUUUAAUAUGAAUUAGCUUUCUUUCCCCUCAAAACGAUAAGCAUUCCAACAUCAACGUCAGGCGGGAAAUAUCUCUUAGUGAGAGUUCUCACUAAAAUUGUGUGAUUUAUGAAAGAAUCUUGAUAUUAACAUUUGCAUCUACUUCCUGAAAAUCAUCGAAGAGAAACCUCCAGGUCGGUUUCAGAAUAAAAGUCAUGCAGACAAAUCCUGCUCAAAACGGUUAAUCACAAUUUUAAUUUGCAUAAGAAAACAUUAGAUGUUCUAAUACAUUAUAAUUAACUUUUUUUUUUCCCAAGACACAUGGACAAAAAAGUAUUAAUAAUUAAUUAUAAAGUCUACCAAACAUAGCAAUGUACAGUGUGCAGAUCCUUGUGGUUCUGAGUAAAAGCAAUAUUCUGGAGUAGAUAUUAAAAGAUACAAACAAUAAUUUUAAACUUUAUUUCGACAAAGAAGCAAAAGAACACAGAGAGAUAUACAUAUAUUUAAAAAAAAAAAAGUGAAAUAAUCUCUUUUCCCCCCUCACAGGACUAGACCUGAAGUGUGUUUUGACUCAAGCAGGAUGGGGCCAUUCCAGGAAUACAAGGUGAAGAAGUCGUUUGGAAAGGACAGCACUCGUAGCCGCAUCCCCCGUCUCAUGCAUCAACCUUUUCGUCCUAAGGAUUCACAGAUUUCUGAGUUUCCGUUGUCUGAGGAUGAAAGCAAAGACUGUGACAUCAGCAGAAAACAGAACAGAACCAUCAGUCCUACCAGCUUCUCAUCAGAUGACACUGGAUGUCCAAGCAGUCAGUGUCUGUCUCCAAUGAAAAUCAGAUCUGUCUCAGACAACAGCUCUGUGAGUUCACCCAUACCAGUGAAGAGCAAAGCCACGGUCAAGAGGGUCAGAGUCAGUGUAGUGGCUGAGUGUAAUGGCAUUAUACAGAAGCACAACAGGGAGCAUCAACAACCCUCUAUUCUGCACAGAGGCAGUGAGGCUGACUUCAGCUCCUCCAGCAGCACUGGAAGCAUCAAGGGCCGUGGAACUAUGGCCAACAACUCCAGAGGGGAAAAGAACUGCCUUUCACACAGUCGUUUGCCGCGCAUCAAAAGCCAGCCUGUGUUUAAGCCUCCAGGAAGCCCUACUGCUCCCCGCGAUGCAGAACUGUAUGCCCCCUACAGGACACCCCCCAAAAAAAACCUUUCUUCAAGUAUCAGCAACAAUUCAAGCCCCACAGUCAAGAGAACCACUAGAGGGAGUUACCAUUCAUGUGGUGACAAUCAUGGCAUCCGACCUCCCAAUCCUGAGCAAUACCUGACCCCUCUACAACAAAAAGAGGUGACGAUCCGGCACCUGAGGACCAAGCUCAGGGAUUCUGAGCAAACCGUUUCUGAUCGGGAAACUGAAAUUCAGGACUUGAAGUCCCAGCUGGGCCGGAUGCGUGAGGACUGGAUCGAGGAAGAGUGUCACCGUGUGGAGGCACAGCUGGCUCUCAAGGAGGCACGCAAGGAGAUAAAACAGCUACGGCAAGUAGUUGAGACAAUGAAGAACAGUCUGAUGGAGAAGGAUAAAGGCAUUCAGAAGUACUUUAUUGAUAUCAACAUCCAGAACAGGAAGCUGGAAUCCUUGCUGCAUAGCAUGGAACUGGCGCAAAGUGGUUCCACCAUGCAUGACGAGCCCACGCUGGACUUCAUAUGUGACUCCCCAGAAAAGCUCUCUGAAGGGAAGCAGAAAGUAGACCUGCAGGUUGAGGAUCAGGCAAAGGAAGAUAUGGCAGAUAGUGGGCUGCUUGUUAAUGAGGAGACUCCCAACCAGAUGGAGGUGCUUGAGCAGGUUCUCAUGUCUACAGCUGUGGACCACAGCCAAGAUGGUAGUGCCAAGCUCAUGAGCGAGGCAGGACUGUCCACUCUGAUGCGGAGUUCUGUUGAAGACCCUGUGAAGAGCUCAGAAGAUCAAAUCCACACUCAAACCACUGCUGAUGAGCAACAUACUUCUACUGAAAAGGCAGUCCAAACAGAUGAGACCUUCUAUAACCCUGAUCUCCAAGCCCUGCUUUUACAUCUACUGAAGCUACAAGCCACUGGGCUGUCUUCAAAUGUUCUCCAACAGUUACCCAAAGCACAAGAAUCCAACCUACCCCAAACAGAGGAACCAGCUAAAAACAAAUUGUCUCAAGUUCAUAAUCCCAACCUGAUUAGGGAAUGUGGUCCAUCCCUUCAUAAUCCUGCACAUUCUACAGUGCUAAUUCCACAGGACCCUGGUGGGUCAACCCAGAGUUCAGAACCUGAAGUAGCUCCAGGAUUCAUGGAAGAGCUGGACUUCGGCAUGAAGGAUACUUGCAGCGGUGCUAAUACAGCUGUGGUGGGGAAAAGCCACUGGAGCAACAGCUUCUUGGUUGAUCUGGUUGCUGUGGCGGCGCCUGUUCUUCCUACAGCGGCCUGGCUGUACUCUCAGUACAAUGCAGUUGAUGGGGCACCAGUGUACAACAUUGCAGCUUUAAUCCGUGGUUGUUGCAUUAUGGGAUUGCACUCUCUUCGCCUUGUCACCUAUGGGCCACAUGUGUGAUGGUCUUUCACCUUUAGGCACAGCUAACUAGAGCACUUAAUAUAUUUAAGUUUGUUUUGUGUGUAAUCAGUACCUUUUUUUUUUAUUUAUUUAUUUUUUUAUUUUGCCACUUUGCACUGUGUAUAGUUGCAAGAAUUGUACAAAAAAUUAACUCGAAUGAAUUUCUUUGUCUUGUUUAUUUCUCACAAGUUGUAUUGUUCAUUGCCCUGAUGUGAUCAUCUUGGUAGGUGAUCAUAUUAUUGUGCUGUCCUUUGCCAGCUAGUCCAUUUCUUGUGUAGAAAGGGCAUUGACUGUUGGCAAUAAUGUUCUUGUUUCCAAAGGAGUAGCCUUACAGCCAAAUCUUGUUCAGUAUUUGUUUUUGUGAAUUCAUCUCCAGCAGUGGAGCAUUUUACAUAUGUCUUUGUGACCUUGCUGACACCCUCAACAGUCAAUGCUACAGUACGUAUGACCUUUUUUUUUUUUUUUUUUGCCUGAGCAAUGUGCAGUAUUUAUUUGUAUUAGACAUGUUAAAUAUUUAUCAUUAAAGCAUGAUUACCCCAUUCAUGUUUGUACCGAUUUCUCCCCCAACCCCCCCUGGAUAAUGGUUUUUUGAUCUGGAGUGGAAAAGGGUUAAGAGAAAUACAAGUGAUAAGGUAAUACAAAAUGUAUUUCUACAUAAAAUUAAGUGAUAAGAUCUACAUUCCUAAAGACUUUAGCCAACCAUAAUAGUGCCCACCUGUUUUAAUCCUGCUCCUGUUAACUCUCAUACAUGUACAGAGACGAAGCAAACAUUUUUCAUAAUGACGAAUGAGUGAAGUGUAUCUUUUCAGAAAUCUUAGAAGUCUAUUGGCCCAGUCAUUUAUUUGGACACUCUUACACGUGGGAUGAUGUAGGCGGUCAGAUGGGGCACAACUGUUGUGUAACCUGGACUUUUUUUUUUUUUUUUUAAACUGCGCACUAAAAAGUAAGCUGGAAAAAUAAGGACUGCAGCUCUGACUCAUCUACAGUCAGUCCAGUCAAACUGAGAGAGAGAGAGCUGUAGAGUGAGGUCAAGCAUUUACCCAUACAGUCAGGUUUAAAUUGUGCAAAAAUGGUGACAAUCUGACAAUGGUGAUACUGAACUAGCAGAACUCCAGUUUUGUGCCUUUAGCCAAAGGCAGAAGGCAAAAACAGUAAAGACUGAAUUAAGAAUUCAGCUUUUUUUUAUCUGCUCAGUUCAUAAAACUGAAGAUGCAGAUAGCCACACUUGAUCAAAACACACCAUAUCCCAAAAUCUAUGUACAUGUAAAAUUUGGGAACAAAUCAUGCUUUGAUCAUGAAUCAGGCACUACCUGUGGCGGUUUGGGAAAACUGAUAGCAUGGGGGUGCUGUAGUGUUUCUGCCUCACAGCUCGAGUCCCUGGUUUGAUCCUGAGCUCGGGUUACUCUCCCUCUAGAGUUCCUGUAUAUAUUCUCCCAGUGUCCUUGUCAGUUCUCCGGUUCCUCCCACCUCCCAAAAACAUGCCAGUAGGUAGAUUGGCUACAAUUGUCCCUUCGUGCAUGGGCAUUGGGCCUCUUGAUAGCCUGUCAUCCCAUCCAGGGUGUAUUCCUGCCACAUGUCCAUUGUUCCUAGGAUAUAGACUCCGGAUUCACUUUGACCUUGACAAGGAUAAAGCAUUUACUGAAAAUGACUGAGUGAGUGGGUCUGGGAAAACCCAUUGGACGUUGCUGUGAAUUAAAUCUCGCAAAUAGCCAAAAAUGCACCUGUGCCACCCCCCAAAAAUCAUGUUUUCUCCAAAACUGGGUUUUCUGAUGAAAACAUACUUUGAUACCUCUACUUGAUGAAACCAUAAAUAUAUUUAUGGUAUCAU